ACACAGGCUCACUAUGACACACUUUAGGGUUGCACCAGCCAAUCACAGUGGAGUGGAGUAGGUCCCCCAGUAGUGGGUGGGAGAGCAGUUGAAACAGAAGUCUGUCUCAGGGCAGACAAGUUUGUGUUGGUGGUUAAGAGAACUUUUACCUUCAUUUUCCCCGAGCCUGCAUUUUUGUAAUUUUUUUGAGUGGAUCUAAAGGGGAAUAAUUUGACUAUAAAUGGCUGAGUUGGUACGAAUCCGUAAAAAACGUCUGCAGAUUCCUAUAUCUAGGCUACGGGGCAUGCUGAAGCAACUGGAGGAGAAAGAUGUAGACUACGAUGAGAUAAAGAAGAAUUUAGCCCUCACGGCAUCACUGCUAGAAGCUGCCUACCUCGAUGGAACUAGACAAUCAUUAGACUCGGAGGACGACCUCCAGCAGCUGCACUCGGACGGCGUGCCCUCGGAGGUCACCGAUUGGCUGGCCUCCACCUUCACUCAGAGAACCAGACUUCCUGGCCGCCGCUCGGACGAGAAGCCCAAGUUCCGCAGCAUUGUCCACGCAGUGCAGGCCGGGAUAUUUGUGGAAAGGAUGUUCAAGCGGGCCUACACGGCCGCCAUGCCGGACCAGCACCCAGCCGUGGUCACCUGUCUGAGGGAUGUCGACCGCUGGAACUUUGACGUGUUUGCGCUGAACUCGGCCAGCUGUGACCACUCUCUACAGACCCUGCUGUUCGAGUUGGUGGUCCGAUAUGAGCUCAACAGCCGCUUCAAGAUCCCCAUUUCCUGCCUGACGGAGUUCCUGACCUCGCUUGAGAGGGGCUACUGUGAGAACAACAACCCUUACCACAGUCACGUUCACGCCGCCGACGUCACCCAGACGCUGCACUGCCUGCUCCUGCGCACCGGCCUCGUGCACUGGCUGUCUGAGCUGGAGGUGAUGGCCUGCCUGUUCGCCGCUGCCAUUCACGACUACGAACACACGGGCACCACCAACAACUUCCACAUCCACACCAAGUCAGAGUACGCCCUGAUCUACAACGACCGCUCGGUGCAGGAGAGCCACCACCUCAGCGCAGCGUUCAGGCUCCUGCAGGACGACCGCAUGAACAUCUUCGUGAACCUGACGCGGGAGGAGUGGAUGGAGCUCCGGUCACUGGUGAUAGAGAUGGUCUUGUCAACAGAUAUGACCUCUCACCUCCUUCAAGUGAAAGACAUGAAAUCUUGUCUACAACAACAGGAACGAAUCAACAAGCCCAAAGCGCUGUCCCUGUUGCUGCACACGGCUGACAUCAGUCACCCCUCCAAGCCCUGGGCUCUGCACUCUCGCUGGACGAAAGCUCUCAUGGAGGAGUUCUUCAGGCAGGGCGAUAGAGAGGCAGAGCUGGGCCUGCCCUUCUCUCCACUGUGUGACCGAAACACCACCCUCGUAGCCGACUCCCAGAUCGGGUUCAUAGACUUCAUCGUGGAUCCCACAUUCUGCCUGCUGUCAGACAUGGCUGAGAGAAUCGUCAUUCCCUUGGUGGAUGAGAACCCUCCGGACCCACGCAGCAGACACAGUAACAUCUGGAAGGAGAGCUCCAGAGGCCUGGAGUGGAGCCGGGCCCACGUCACCUCUGAGCUGGUCAGCUUCCGCACCACCUGGUCCCGGCUCACAGAGGAGAACAAGCUCAAGUGGAAGGAGAGCGGCUCCAACGGAUUCCCCGACUCCAGCAUGACGAGAGAGGAGAAAACCGGAGAUGGGAGGCAAUCAGCAGAGAGCCUGCGAGCGCCCACUCAUGACACGGACCAGUAGACAGGCUUGGUGUUGUUGUUGUUAUCCUGUCACCGCACAACGAUAAUCCAUAGGAAAACAGACACAACCCAGUCGUUGAACUUGUGUUACAUUGGAACUAUUUAACUACUGUUUAGAGUCAGAAGUGUAUGUAAGGGUAUGGACCCUACCCUACCUGUAGGGUCCAUAUCCUACUGGUAGAGUGUGGACAUUGGGUAUUAAAACCAGAACCUUUCAGCUGGGAGGAGAACCCCCUAUCACCUUCCAAAGAUAGAAACACCCACAAAGCCCCACCUAUAAUUCUGAUUAUAUUACACAGUUAUGCAGUUAUUCAACUGCAAACAUGUUGGCCAUGUCCAAAGAACUUACGUAAUUUCAUAUACAAAAUCCACUGUAGUGUAACCUGCAGGUCACUUAGUUUCGGAUUCAUAAAAGGUUAGAUAUUAUUAGUGUCAUUAUUUGUAUUCAUGUAUAGAUUAUUUCAAUGAGGCAGGCCUUAUUAAUGUAGAAUAUGAAUUAGGAAUUAUGUAAAUAGUAUUUUCCGUAGAAUGUGUGACAUUCUCUCCUGUGACCUGUCAAAAACAUCACAAACUUAAAAUAUAUGUUUUUGUUUACACUGGGAAGGUUUUGGUGUAUUUCUUUAAGAGCUCCUAACAUGGAAGUUGAUGCACUUUCUUAUCCAAAGCAACAAACCAAAGUCCUUUGGGAAUGAAUUACUACAACUAAAUUACGACUACUACUAUGACUAAUGUAUACGUUAUAUUUGGUUAACAAAUUCUUUUUUUAUUAUUUUUUAACGUGUCUGUCUAAUGUACUCAAAUUGAGGUAAUUCAAUCAACUUUUCUUGCAUUUAGCUGAUUAAAAUGUCAUCUUCUACAAGUCUACACCAAUGGCACAUUCCAACCUUUUCAUACCAUCCUGGUUUCACGUUUAAUAAAUUCUUACUAGUAUGACUUUGCAGUGUAUUAACAUUUGAUCUAGUUAUUCAUAAACCGAAUAAGAUAGCAAUUUUAGAUGUUUUAUUAUUGUAACCUUCCACAGGAUGUCUGCUAUGCAGAGACACAAUUAUUCUGUUGAGAACUGGUCAUUUAGAGUGCUCUUGGGCAAAAUAAGGAACACUUACUUGCCCAGUUAGCGGUAAUUGCUCUGCACAAAGAGAUAUACGCAACAUUUUGUGAUACAACGUGUCUGUAUGUCCCAUUUAUUCUGAAAAAUGUGUAUUUAAAAAUCUGUUAAGCUGGUGGGAAACGAUGAUUCCCACCAGCAAGAGGUGCUAUAGAGCAACUUGUACACAGUUGGUUGGUAUAGCACACGAUUUUGAAUGUUUAACCUUCAAUCUUGUACUCCCGUUUAUAAAUGUAAGUUAUUACAAGGAAAGCCGUCGAUGACUUAUUGUCAUUAGGAUAUAAGAAAUCAAUGGAUAUUCUUAUUUACAAGGAUUAGUUGUAACAGCCUGGCCAGUCAACGUGGCUCUGGUAUAUGUCCACAUGCACACACACACACACACACACACACACACACACACACACACACACACACACACACACACACACACACACACACACACACACACACACA